AGAAAGAAAAUAUAAAACAGCGCCCCCAUUUGAGUUCGUCUCUAUAACAAACUCUUCAUUCUCUGCGGAAGCAAUAUUAUGUAUGAUUUGCUUUCCAUUUUAUAUUUUAAUUCUGAACCGAAAUUCAUCUUUUCGUUUUAGAAUAGGUUCCACCCGGCGGAACGCCGCAACGUAACGUCAUGUCAGAGAAUGUGCCACCGGUGCAAACCCAUGACCAUGAAGCUCUCACCAGUCCUUUACUCCCUCAUUAUCAACGAGCCAGUAAUUCUACCUCUCAGCUCGCCAUCGUAGGUGUCAACGUCUGCCCUAUUGAAAGCCUCGACUACGAGAUUGCGGAGAAUGAUUUCUACAAACAAGAUUGGAGGGCACGUGACAAGAUCCAAAAUUUUCAAUAUAUUUUCAUGAAAUGGCUUCUCUGUUUCUUGAUUGGCUGUAUCGUCAGUGUCGUUGGUUUCUGUAAUAAUCUCGCCGUUGAGAACAUCGCCGGCGUUAAGUUCGUCAUUACAUCUAACAUGAUGUUAACUGGAAGGUAUGAGAUGGCUUUUCUAGUAUUCUUUCUAUCAAAUUUAGUUUUAACUCUAUUUGCCGCCAUCAUUACGACAUUUAUUUCGCCGGCGGCAGCUGGCUCUGGUAUACCGGAAAUGAAGGCUUACUUGAAUGGUGUAGAUGCUCCGGGAAUAAUUUCACUACGAACUUUAAUUGUCAAGAUUAUAGGAAGCAUUUCUGCAGUGUCGUCAUCUCUGCUUGUUGGAAAAGCAGGGCCUAUGAUGCAUAUCGGUGCAUGCAUUGCAUCCUUAUUGGGACAGGGUGGGUCAAGAAGAUAUGGUUUAACAUGGAAGUGGAUUCGAUUCUUUAAGAAUGAUAGAGACCGACGAGACCUUGUAACUUGCGGAUCAGCAGCUGGAAUUGCUGCUGCUUUCCGUGCCCCAGUUGGUGGAGUGCUGUUUGCUCUUGAAGAAAUGGCAUCUUGGUGGACAAGUGGCCUUCUUUGGAGAGCUUUCUUUACGACUGCUGUGGUGGCAAUCAUACUUCGAGCUCUAAUUGAUGUUUGUUUAAGUGGCAAGUGUGGGCUAUUUGGUAAAGGGGGUUUGAUAAUGUUUGAUGUCUAUUCAGCAAAUAUUUCGUAUCACAUGCAAGAUGUUCCUCCUGUACUUCUUCUUGGUGUUGUUGGGGGCAUUUUGGGAAGUUUGUAUAAUUUCCUUUUGGAUAAGGUUCUCCGAGUUUACGCCAUCAUCAAUAAGAAAAGCGUUACUUAUAAGAUUUUUAUUGCUUGCACAAUCUCCAUUUUUACAUCCUGCCUGCUUUUUGGAUUACCAUGGCUCGCAUCUUGCCAACCAUGUCCCUUGGAUUCAACCGAAGACUGUCCCACAAUAGGUCGAUCUGGUAACUACAAGAAAUUCCAAUGCCCCCCUGGUCACUACAAUGAUCUUGCAAGCCUCAUUUUCAACACAAAUGAUGAUGCUAUCAGAAAUCUUUUCAGCAAGAACACUGACGCUGAGUUUCAGCACUCAACAAUGCUCAUUUUUUUUGUCACCUGCUUCAUUCUAAGUAUUAUUAGCUACGGGGUUGUUGCUCCUGCAGGUCUUUUUGUACCAGUCAUAGUUACUGGAGCAUCUUAUGGUCGCUUCGUUGGGAUGUUAUUUAAUUCUCACACAAAUCUUAAUCACGGUCUUUUUGCUGUGCUUGGGGCAGCUUCAUUCCUUGGUGGAUCUAUGAGGAUGACAGUUUCCUUGUGUGUCAUAAUCCUGGAAUUGACCAAUAACCUAUUACUGUUGCCAAUGAUAAUGAUUGUUCUUCUUGUUUCCAAGACUGUAGCUGAUGCUUUUAACGGCAACAUUUAUGACCUUAUUAUGAAAGCAAAGGGUUUCCCUUACUUAGAAGUUCAUGUCGAACCUUAUAUGAGACAACUCACGGUUGCAGAUGUUGUCACUGGCCCUCUUCAAGUCUGUCAUGGAAACGAGAAGGUUGGUAAUAUCGUACACAUCCUCAAGACCACAAAUCAUCAAGGGUUUCCGGUUAUCGACGAACCUCCGCAUUCUGAAUCCCCAGUUUUGUAUGGUUUAAUCCUCCGUGCUCAUCUUAUUACACUGCUAAAGAAGAGAGUUUUCUUGCGCACCCCUGUUCGAAUAGGUUCUGAUGCCUUCAGACAUUUCUCAGCAGAUGAGUUUGCAAAGAAGGGCUUAGGUAAUGUUGACAAGAUAGAAGACAUAAAAUUAACUGAGGAAGAGAUGGAAAUGUUCUUGGACCUGCACCCUUUUACCAACGCUUCACCAUAUACAGUUGUGGAGACAAUGUCACUAGCUAAGGCAAGUACACUCUUCCGUGAAGUCGGUUUGCGGCACCUGCUUGUUAUACCCAAGAGAACCACCGGAUCACCUGUGGUUGGCAUACUAACAAGGCACGAUUUCAUGCCAGAACACGUACUUGGUUUGCACCCAUUACUGGUAAAUAGCAAGUGGAAACCAUUAAGGAUUGCAUUGCCACGUUUUCUUAAAAUAUUUUAGGGUGGAGAUCUACUCAUUCGGUAGUCGUUCUAGAUUGGGGGGGGGGGGGGGCUUACCCUAAAACUAAGUUUGUAAAAGUCUUGCUGUAGCCCUUCAUGGUUCAAUAGCUUUCUUUUAGCGUUUAUAUUUUCACAGCAUAAAGUUGUUGUAUCAAUCUAGCCCUUCAUUGCAGUAGUAAGUAGCAACGAGGGAAAUCAGGGAUGGUUCAACCUUCAAAAAUUUUUGCUUUGUUGAAAUUUAUUGGUUGCAGAGUUCCAUGCACUAAUAAAUUAGUAAGCCGCCCCUUGUGAAA